AUGGGCCUUGUCAAAGUUCUCAAAAACAAAGCAUACAUUAAACGCUUUCAAGUCAAAGUAAAGCGUCGCCGGCAGGGAAAGACCGACUAUCAGGCAAGGAAAAAGCUUACCGUUCAAGACAAGAAUAAGUACGGUAUGCCCAAGUACCGCCUCAUUGUGCGUUUUACCAAUAAGGAUGUAAUCGCUCAGGUUCAGUAA